AUGUUGCCCGCAGAAGUCUUCGCCAACACGUCAGAAGAAGAACUGGAAAUUGUCACAGAGAUCCGCGCCAAGCUUAGGGAGGACCCAUCCCUUGAUCCCAUUAUCCAAUUCCUCACAGAAGAUGCAGACAACGCUCCCCCUUCAAUUCGUAAGGCAUAUCAAGAUUAUGACUGGGAUGAAGGCCUCCUCUGGUACCGUGGGAAACUAGUUGUCCCAGACUCGGAAACCCUGAAAGAACGACUACUCAAGGAAUUCCACGACUCACCCCUGGCAGGGCACCCUGGACAACAAAGGACCCUGGAGCUCCUAAGCCGCAACUACUGGUGGCCAGGUAUGAAGUCAUCUGCCAAGGAAUGGGUAGAAUGUUGUCCUACCUGCCAAGCCAAUCGCCGCGCUCACGCCCCUGUCAUUGCCCUGAAACCCUUGGAAGUCCCCCCAUUCCCGUUCCACACAAUCUCCUACGACUUCAUCACAGGAUUUCCAAAAUCUAACGGGCACGAUGCAAUCUUGGUAGUAAUUGACUCCUUCUCCAAGUUUGGACAUUUCAUCCCAACUUCCAAAAAGGUCACCGCAAAGGGUCUUGCUGACUUGUUCAUCACUCACGUCUGGAAACUCCACGGGUUGCCUGUCAAAACCAUCUCAGACCGGGGGACUACCUUCACAGGGAAAUUCUUGAGGGCAUUAUAUCAGCGACUUGGGGUCAGACCUGCAUUCUCCUCGGCUUACCACCCAGAAUCAGACGGACAAACGGAAAGGGUCAAUCAAUUUAUCGAAUUCUACCUGCGCUCUUACGUUGCAGCCGACCAUUCUGAUUGGGCCGCGUGGCUACCACUGGCAGAAUACGCAUACAAUAAUGCCAAGCAUGGAGCAACCGGGAAGUCACCAUUCGAGCUUGUCUAUGGGCGAAAUCCAGUCAUGAACCCGUCCAAUGUGCCAGCCAACGUCCCAGAAGCUGACACGGUAGCAGAUACACUAGCCCGGGAGUGGAAAGAAGCGGAAUCAGCCCUCCAAAUGAGUAAAGAACGUAUGGCCAGGAGCCAAGGAAUAAUACCGGAAUUCUCAAUAGGCGAGAAAGUCUGGCUGGAUGGAAAGAAUGUGGGCCUUAGGACCAAUUCAAAUAAACUGGACCCAAAACGCCUUGGUCCCUUCAAGGUCAUAGAAAAAAUCUCCAGCCACGCCUACCGCCUGGAACUGCCGGAAACCCUGAAAAUCCAUAACGUCUUCUAUGUCGGGUUACUGUCAAAAAGCCAUGAAUCACCCAGUCAGCCAUUCCCAGAACGACCUCCCCCUGAGACAAUAGAGGGGGAGGAGGAAUACAAAGUUGAACAGAUCAUUGACUUGAAACGCCAACGGGGAAAAUGGCUAUAUCUGAUAAAAUGGAAAGGAUACGGCCCGGAGGACAAUUCAUGGGAACCGGAAGAACUGUUGGAACAUAGCCAAGAAGAGAUCAAGCGCUUCAACCAAGCAAGACUCAGAAAGGCUCGUGACGCCGCCAAGAGCCUUUAA